GUGAGGGGAAGGAAGAGAGGGCGCGGCCGUGAUCUCAGGGCUAAACGCUGGGUGCUAUUUGGUAUCUCCAAAAAAGUGUCACCAAGCUGGCCUUGAGGGAUCCCUAAGGGUGGGGACUUCCUGAAUCCGCUGGACGUUUUAUUGAGCAUCGCGGUGCUGACAGUCUUUGGACGGGAUACUGAGAAUGUUACUGCUUAAAGAAGAUGUUGUUCAGUUAAUUCAUAUAGACUGCAUUACUUAAUGAACCCUUCAACUGCAAUGAGAACUCAUUAGUACAUUUUUGGAUUCCCUGCUCCCCACAAUUUGCCAGAUCAAAAAAUUAAUCUUCAACAAGGACACUGCAGAAUCAGUCUUCUUCAUAGGACAGUCACUUUGUUACCUGAAUAUUUUUAGUACUAUUCAAUCAACCAGUAAAAAAGAUGCUCCGUUACUGGGGUGAGAUCCCGGUUUCCUCUAGUCAGGCCAACCGCAGCUCCUUUGAUUUGCUUCAGCGGGAGUUCCGUACUGUAGAGGUCCAGGAUCCUCCAUUGCAUCAACCUUCAGCUAACAAGCCUAAGCCUACAACCAUGCUUGAUAUUCCUUCAGAGCCCUGUAGCCUCACCAUUCAUACUGUCCAGCUGAUCCAACAUAACAGGAGGUUGCGCAGCCUCAUUGCCACGGCUCAGACUCAGAACCAACAGCAACUGGAAGGUAUCAAGAUGGAAGGAAGUGAGCCUUUGCCAACUUGUCCUGGGUCCCCACCACUCCCUGAUGACUUGCUUACUUUGGAUAGUAAAAUACCCAAGAUGCCAUUCCAGUUGAGGCACAGUGAUCCAGAAAGUGAUUUUUACAGAGGCAAAGGAGAGCCAGUAAUAGAGCUGAGUUGGACCUCUUGCCGUCAGCUUCUUUACCAGUCUGUAGCUACUAUUUUGGCUCACGCUGGCUUUGAAUGUGCCCAUGAAAGUGUUCUGGAGACUCUGACAGACAUCGCUCAUGAAUACUGCUUGAAGUUCACCAAACUUCUGCGUUGUGCUGUGGACAGAGAAGCUCGGCUUGGGCAGACCCCUUUCCCAGAUGUUAUGGAACAGGUCUUCCAUGAAGUGGGCAUUGGCAGUGUGCUCUCUCUGCAGAAGUUCUGGCAACAUCGGAUUAAAGACUAUCAUAGCUAUAUGCUACAGGUUAGCAAGCAACUCUCUGAGGAGUAUGAAAAGUUGGUAAACCCUGAGAAGGCAGCAGAAGAUUUGAAACCUGUGAAAAUCAAGGAAGAACCUGUUAGUGACAUCACAUUUCCCAUGAGUGAGGAGCUGGAGGGGGAUCUGGCAUCUGGAGACCAGUCGUUGCCUGUUGGAGUCCUUGGAGCUCAGAGUGAACGCUUUUCAUCCAACUUGGAAACUGAGGCCUCUCCGCAAACCUCUGGUGGUGAGGUGAACACUUCCCCUCUUUGGAACUUGGCCCCAGUAAAAAUGGAACCACAAGAGAAUGAGGAGGGCAAUGUUCAUGGGCACCAUGGAGUCCUGGGCGGUGAUGUAUUUGAAGAGCCAAUGUCAGGCAUGAGUGAAGCUGGGAUGCCACAGAGCCCAAAUGGUUCUGAAAGCAGUUAUGGUUCUCAUUCCCCUGAUAGUUUGAUAGGCUCUUCACCAGUCUUCAACCAACGCAGCAAGAAGAAAAUGAAGAAGAUGUGAAUUAUGGCUGGGAGGCACUGAGAGUGUGAACUAAUUCAGCAAAAUUAGGCCUGUGAUCAAGAAAAUAAGCUCUGAGUUGAUGGAUUUUGCAUGCUGUGAUUACCAUUCUACCUGUAGUACUUCCCACUACCUGAAUGUUUAGAUAGCUUAUAGUGGAGCAAACACCAUACACAGAGGUAACAUUACUUUGGCAGAAAAAGAUGUUUGAGUGACUUUUGGUGAAAAAAGACAAGAGUGACAUCAAUCAGUCAACUGUGAUCCCACAUGAAAUCUAUCUUGUGAGCCAGUGUAGUUUCCAACUAGUUAGAUUUUAAAUAGCCUAAAUGGUGGUACAACUUGCAUAAAUGACUAUAAUUUUGUAUUUCUGCAUUAAAUGGUUGACUGUAUCUUUAACUUGAAAGAUGGAAAAUGUGGAAGAGGUAUGAGAACUGUAUGAAGUUGUAAUAGAAUCCUGUAAAUUCCAUUUCACCUUUUGUUACAUAUGACACUUUGUUUUUGACUAUGAAUUUAUAUUUUGAAGAACAGAUUUUUAAUAUAGAAUUUUUGUUCCAGUAUAAUUACUAUUACUCUUGGUUUUUGGUCAAAAUCAUGGCUGAUAUCUGCUUUUCCUUGUAACAAACCAACUCAACAUAUAUCAAGGUAAUAGAAAUUUGGAACUGGUAAAUCUUAUGUAUGCUUUUAUGGUUUAUAUAUUAUUUUAUGUUUUUAAUAUUUUAAUAUUUUGUUGUAUAGUACACAGAUUGUUGUGACGUAUCCAAGGUCUAUGAUUGGUGCAUCAAACAAGUUUUAUGAACUAAAGAAAGUUUUUUUUUUUUUUAAGUAAGCAUAAUUUCAUUUUCCUUAUGCUAGUCUGGAAGGCCAAUUUAUGUGGAGAAUUCAUCCAGCUCUGCAUGCAAAUCUGUUAUGACUGAUCUCUUAAUUUUUUUAUACCAGUUAGAUUGCACUCUGAAAAUAGUAUUGAGCCUAAUUUGAACAUUGCUGAGAGUGAGCUUUGAAAGGCAAAACAUCUUCAGAACUGUGCUCUUAGUUCAUUUAUUAUAUCACAAUGUACUAUGCCUUUAUAAGUUUUUGUUUUUACUGUUAAUGCAGAAUGCUAAAUCUAGGUGAAUACUUUAUUAAUCUGGGGAGGGUUUGUAUGAUAUAUAUUUUUAAAUGUUGAUUUAUUUGUUUGUUAGCUGCUCUUGGACAUAGUUUUUUUUUUAAUAAUAAAUGAAUAUUUUCUCCUUUUUUGAUAAUCUUUUGCUUGAUUUCCUGUGUUUUGAGGUUUCCAAAAUCCUUUUUAUUGUACCAGAAAAUGGUCUUAAUGAAUUUGUGUAGGCUGUCACUUAACUACUGAUAUCUUAAAAAGUGCUUACUUAAAAACUGGCUUGAAACGUGGCAAACAUGCUUCCUAAUUAUGUAAGAACUUUGACGUAAUAAAAAGAAUUAAUAUUUACUGGAGAUACUGCAAGCAAAGACUUUUGAAAUCUUUAGGUUAAAAAAAUACAUUUUGAAAUUAUAUUUUUAUGAUUUCUAUACGAUUUCUUUUGAGUUCUUUGGAACUUUUUAGAAAGCAGCUUUUCAGAACAAGCAAAGACAGGCUGAAUGUAUGUUCCAGGAAUAGGAUGGGGGGGGAGGUCAUGAAAAUUUCAUGCUGAAAUUAUCUUCUUGGAAGUUUUUAGAACUCUUAACCUGCAAUAAAUCUACCUUUCUUUUUCAAAGUUGGUGAUAAUGGCUGGAUUAAACUCUUAUCUAUUACUUCCUACACAACUCUGCGAGAAUAGACAGUCAAUGCUGUGGUUAUUGAAUGGUAUCAAAAUUCACAAUGGUCUAAGACUCGAAAUAUAACCUGGCAGAUACUCUUAUCGGGGAUUUUUGCUAUCUACUCUAGAAGUACAGAUUGGUUUUAUACUGCCUUAAAUACAGUAAAUAUCUUUAAAAAAUGGUUGAAGCUGUAGGUUACAAAAGUGCUGAGGAUUCUUUUAAUUAUUGCUAUCUUUUGCUCACAGAAUUACAAUUGUUCCUCCUGUAAGAGGAGGAAUGAUGGUUCAAGUAGUUUAAAUCACCAGUGACUGGGUUUUUAUCACAUAUUAAACCACAAUUUUGUUUACUAUGGUUCAUUGAAUAAACCAUAAUUGUCUAGAUUCUUGCAAUAAGCUAAAUCCAUUUUUGCCGCUCCUAGACCCCCUUCAGAUGCCACAAAAAUUCAGAGGCAAAAUGGUGAUCUUUAAUGGAAAUAUUUUCUCCUGUUUAAAAACAGUUUAACCAGUAAAAUAGGUCCACUAAGCUUCUGGGAUUUCAGGGCACCUGUUUUCUGUAAACUCCCAAAUUCCUAAAAAUAAAGAGCAGAAAAUGUCAGCUGUAUCCACUUCGACGAUAUCCUAUUCGUUGCCAUGCUUCUUGCUCCCAUGACCCUCAGAGGCUGAAAAUAAGGAACAAGCAGCCUCUGGUUAAAAAAAGUUGCCCACCCUUGUCAUAAACAAUGGCUAACAAGCCUUGAUAGGUGGCUUCAUGGUAUGGUAGGCCAGAAACAAUCAAACCACACUGUGGAUUAGUACCAUUCUAUGUGCAUUGUUUUCUUAUACCACAUAUCACAAAUGCUUUGCAACCCUAAUCUUAACCUGUUUCACAGGUUCAACAUGUGUGCCAAUUUCUGGAUCACCCUCCCGUUUGGACUAUAGUAAUGUGCUUUACAUGGAGUGCCCUUGAAGAACUUUUGGAAGCUGCAGGUGGUCCAGAAUGCAACAGUACAGACAGUUCUGGGCAUUUCCCGAUAUGCCCAUGUAACACCUCUGCUCCACAAGCUGC